UAAUUCUACUACAGAGUUUGAAGCAGUUUCCAGUUCAGGAAAUAAAACUAACUGGGCACUCUGCUAUACACAAACAAGGUUUAUAGCUGGAAUUCAAAGUAUCCAAAGAGUUAAAAGUAUGAAUGCAAUUAUUAAAAAAGAGGUAUCACGUAGUUCAACAUUGUUAUAUUUGAUUGAUGCCAUACAAAAUCGCUUGCCUUAUGUUGCUAAUCACUAUUUCUCUGCUAUUGAUUCAUUAAUUCAAAAAUACUUAACUCCACAUGUUCUAUCCCUUCAACGGCAACAACUUUCUGAAAGUUUCUUAUAUAAUGUAUCCGAAAUCACUUAUGAGUGGGAUAAUAAUAUCCCGGAACCAGCAAAUAUUAUUGAGAAUGGAUAUUUAGAGGAUGACUAUGAACGAAGUCAAACAUGCCUUAACAUAUUACUACAACCUUUGUCACGUGAUGAUGUUGUGCAGAUCUG